AUACAGUCCAACAAGUCAAGAAAACUGCGUCAAAAUAAAUAAUAAUAAUCCAUAAUACUAAAGUAGUAGUAGUAGAUUUGCCCUGGCUGAUUUGUACAGUUUAGUAUCGUCAUUGCCUGCUGUAUAGUUUUAGAAAGUCGACGUUGUUGAUUCCCAGCCACCAAGAAUCGUUCCAACUGAGUAGUCAAAGCCUGAAGCAACAUGAGUCAUUCACAAUAAAAAAAAUCAAAUUAAAACCUGAAUUACCACACAGUUGCUACCAACGAAAGACCAUAAUGUGCCUUACACUAACCCAAUAAACAUAGUGUUGAUCUAGCUGAAGAUUUGCACGUCGCAAUGGAUGAAAGAAGAAUAGCUGACUAUUUCGUUGUAGCUGGUUUGCCCGAGGAACCAGAGCCUCUGGAUCAUACCACAUUAUCUGAGGGUGGCAACCUAAAGGCAAGUCAUGGCCAAGCCCCCAUUAUAGAUGUAAAUGUAUAUUUCCCAAGUCUAGGCGAAGAAGUGCCUGAAGGCUGGGUUGCCAUUACAAAAACCCCUACUGGUCUUAGCGCUGACUUGAAUCAUGGAAGUCUACGGACUACUGAGUGCUUUCUGUGUGUUAAGAGAGGACGAGAGAAGCCACCACUUGUUGAUCUUGGUGUUAUGUAUGAAGGAAAAGAAUGGCUAAUGGAGGACGCGGAAGUGGUGAAAACUAGUGUGGGUGGCAAUGUGGCAAAUGUUAACAAUUCCACAUCUCUCACUUUUAUUACAUUUAGAAGAGGUCUGCCCACAAUGCCCUGCAACGCGCUAGUAGUAACGGACAUUUGCGUGGUGAUUGCCAGCAAAGGCGAAUCGCCUCCACAUGCCUUCUGCUGCAUAAAUAAAAAUUUGAAUAAGGGAAUGGUUGGAUCUGAUGUGUUUCUAUGCUAUAAAAAGUCCAUGAACAGGGCCAAGCUUCUGACAUAUAAACCCGAUAUUCUUGCAAGGUAUCCAUUAGGAGACAUUCAGGACUUUCCCUUCCCAAGUUCCAUACCCCUUUUUUGCUUGCCGAUGGGCGCCACUCUGGAAUUGUGGCCUUUGGAGGCGAGCAAACCCAGACCUGUUUUUAGCAUGUUUGUUCUUACGGUUUCCGACGCGAAACACAAAGUUUAUGGAUCAGCGUUAACGUUUUAUGAAAAGUAUCCCGUGGAAAAUUUCACGGAGGGACAAAAGCAGCUAUUGGGAUAUACUGAGGAUGAAGCUUUUGUUUUAUAUGCGAAUAAGAGUAUUUGCGUGUUGAGCCAUUGGCCGUUUGCUGUGGACUUUCAGAUGUGGUUACUACACUUACACCGUAUGGUUACUGAUGACAACCCAACGCCGGUACCAGUCGAAAGGUACAUCACGCAACUGCUGGAUGAAGUCCCAUUUCCGUCCCCUCGUACAUUACUGCAGCUGAACGCCAGCAAUCAAGACCUAAGAGUCAUAUUUACGCAACCUGAAGAUUUGCCGCUUCCUAGAAGCGCAGCCAGCUUCAAGCAGUUACUGCUCAGCUUGGGCUCAGAAAACUGCCUUCAGGUGUUGCUGUUGGUGCUAACAGAGCAAAAAAUCCUGAUUCACUCCUUGUUGCCUGAUGUGGUAACUUUGGUGGCUGAAGCUGUAAGCUCAAUGUUGUUUCCAUUCAAGUGGCAGUGCCCUUACAUUCCUUUGUGUCCUUUGGGUUUGGUUGAGGUCUUGCACGCUCCCUUGCCGUUCUUGAUAGGCGUUGACUCACGAUUUUUUGACCUGUAUGAUCCGCCGCCAGACGUGAGCUGCAUAGAUUUGGAUACCAAUAUAAUCACUGUAGCUGAGGCUCAACGACAACACCUAAACACUAAACUUCUGCCAAAGAAAGCGGCAAAGUGCCUGAAAAACACGCUGGAAUAUUUGUAUUAUCAGUACAGAAAUGCUCCGAUUAACACGGCAGAUGCCUCCAAUCCCGAUGAUAUUGAAGCAGAGUUCCAAAGGAGGAAAAAGGAGCAAGCUGAGGAGCUGGAAAUUCAGGAGGCGUUCCUCAAAUUUAUGGUUCACAUUCUGAAGGGUUACAAGUCGUAUUUGCGCCCCAUAACCAAAGCGCCUACAGUGGGAACCACCGAUCCUGAUGCCUUGUUCCAUUUGACGGAAUUCUUGAAGAGUCGAGAUAAAAGCAAUGCGAAGUUUUUCAAUUUACUGAUGAAAACCCAAAUGUUCAUCAGGUUUAUAGAAGAGAGGAGUUUUGUAGUAGAUCAUGGCGAUCAGAGCUUGACGUUCUUUGAUGAUUGCGCUGAGAGAUUGCAAAGCGAUGAAAGUGAAAUUCGACUCUUAGAGCUGGAAUGUGUACAUAAGAACGACCGCACUGUUUUCGUGUUGCCGCCAGAGCCUGUAAAUGAUUCCGAUUCUUAUACAUAUUCCCAGUUUAUUUUAAAUCCCGUUCUAUUGCUAAGUGGUAAACGACGAAACCGAUUGGCUUCGCUCUACCAAACGGGUAUUCCGAGCUCGCCGAUGGCGCGAAGAACCAAGCAUGAAAUCAAAAGCGCCCAAAAAUUGGCACGGAAAUAUCAAAGGCUGCCCGAUACUUGGGCGAAAUGCUUAUGUGGCACUUGCCACACACUUUAUUUUAUGACAUUGCCAAGUAUGCUCAGUUUAAACAUUGGCAAAGAGAACAAAAUCCUGCAACAUGCUUAUGAGCUAUUAGUGAGAGCGACUUAUUUCAAACUGCCCUGUGAUGAAGUGUGCUAUAGACUGAUGAUGCAAUUAUGUGGCGAACAUAACCGACCUCUUUUGGCUGUGAAACUGUUAGUUUUAAUGAAAAAGUUUGGCAUUCAACCGAACGCUUUAACUUAUGGACUAUAUAAUCGAUGUGUUUUGGAAGCCCAAUGGCCUGCUCACGCGGAUUCCAGUCAGGUGCUAUGGAAUAAGCUGCGAAACGUCGUGAUUGGAGCCGCGCACUUCAAAUUUGCGGCCAAGAGAAAAGCUCAACGAAAUUAUCUAAGCGCAUCAACUGAAGGAGGUUCGAGUCUACUCGAUCCUACAGACCGAAGUGCCUCAAGAAGUUCCUUGGAUUCUCACGAAGGUAACACCACGGAAGGCAGUCUCUUAGACAAGUUUAGGCGAGUGGCAAACAGCAUAGUGAAAGGCAGUGUGAAAGAACUGGUUGAAACUGAAGAGCCAGAUGGUGCUGUAGCGGAUGCAAGUGAGGAGAACUUGGAGCAAAGUCUUUUUGUGCAAAACAGUCCGUCCGAAUGUAGACUGCUGUCGAGAUCCGAAAGUGGCGGCGAUGCAAACUUAAUCGAUAAGCUUCAAAGUACCACGAAAAAAGCCUGCUCAAGAAACUUGCUCUUUGACCCCAACCUGAACGGAGAUGCGAUUGCCGAGAACGAUAAAAACUCUCCCACUAAGGUUUCACCUAGAGAGUUGAUAACGGAAAACGACCCGCUAGGCGCCUUUCAGCCACCACUAGAGGAAGUGUCUGAAACCCAAGCCAAAGAAAACGAUUCUGUCCCCGAAACCCAAACAAAUCCCGUCCUCACCGAUGAACCUGUGUUGUUUCGAAAUUCCGUCCAUCGAUCUGCAACGUUCGAAGGAAGCCCGCCAUCGCAGAAUAAAUUGCAUCGCUCCGAAACAGUGCCGGCAGCAACAGUCGCUUCCAGUCUCGCAAGUCUUGGCUCCAGCUUUAAACUUACCUUCAGCCGUUACGCCACUCAAAGAAUAUCCUUAAGAAAAGCCAACCUUAAGGUGCCUCAGCAAUUUAUCGAAAAUGCCAUAACCAACCUAAGUCCUUCAAGUUUGACUGGCAAAAAGUCCAACGAAUUGAUACAGGGCUCGUUGAGCACCAUUAAAUCAGCUGCCAAUACCAUGGUGAAGAAAAUGGAGGAAAUCAAAGAGGCGAUUUCCACUUCAGCAACAUCCACUCCGGUCAAGGCUUUAACCUCGGGCGAUAGAAUGGCUUCUGGGGACGCGUUGAAUGAUAUUGAUGGAGACAGUGCUCAAGGAAGCGAAGAAGGAGAACGAGUGCGCAAAGUUUCAGUGGAAAUGGGCAGCUAUCGAGGCUCGUGCACCAACUUGAAAGACUACGAAGAGCCUUUGCCUGAAAGCUUGUAUCCAACGCCAGAAGAAGCUAAGGCGGAAAGUGACGUUGAUAUCACUCUCACCACUUGCUCUCAGUGCCACAACUGCAAUCGCUUGCUAUACGACGAGGACAUAAUGGCCAAUUGGUCGGCGGAAGAUUCCAACUUGAACACUCUCUGCCACGCAUGCGGAAAGCCCACAGUUCCUCUCCUCACGGUGACGAUAUCCGGGCGAGAAAUGCGAAACUGCGAUCCUUUCAGUGUUCCUUACCUAAAUCCCUUAGUUUUACGCAAAGAGCUGGAGAACAUUUUGGCUCGCGAGGGCGAUUUGAGUGUUGCAGACUCGAAAUUCAUCGACGAGCAUCCCAUCAUCUACUGGAACCUGAUAUGGACCUUCGAGCGAAUCAACAUACAAACGCACCUGCCGAAUUUGUACUUUAAACAUCGGGUUGAUGUGCAAACCAACUCCAGCAAAGCGAAUGGCAAAGCGGACUUGAAGGAGGAAGAUGAUGAUAAGCAGGAUGGUGGAAGUAGCAUGCGAUUGGUUGAAGAGGGCACUGAUCCUUUGACGCAGGAAUUGGCGGUUAUAGAACGUCUGUCCGCUCGAGUUAGAGUGAAAUGCGUCUGGGACGAACCGAAAUUCCACUCGGAAGGCCCUCCGAUGUACAUCCUAUGGAGGUUACGAGACAGCAAUCAAAUAAUUUCGAUGGACAGAAGCAAAGUGACCAAAUCAUUCAUGCAACAAAUUAUUAACUAUAUUCGUGUGAAUGAUCUGGCGGAGCCAAUCAAAAGCCUCACAUACGAGAGGGAACAGCUGUCCAAAAAAAUCGCUUACUCCAUUUAUCGGGACAUCUUGUUUUUGGCCUGCAAAGUGUUGGGAAGAGCUCAGAUCGAUAUAAAUGCCUUCGAUAAAGAGUACACCAUGGCCUAUUCACGUUAUUGUGAGCGGGCCGCUUUGGAAGUUCAAGAUAAACCAAUCAGCCUGAGUGCGUUAUAUUGCAGACAAUAUUUUCGGCCUUUGUUGCUUCCCUAGGUACGAUCGAACGAAGAAAAUGCUUAAGGUAAAGGUUUUUACUAGAUCCACAUAUUUUUAUAAAUGUAGAAGUAAACGGCCGGGGUAAAAACUACUUGAAUUUGGGUCGGUUUAGAUAACUUUUGCGGGUUUCUCCUGGUAAUCUUGGACCUGAAAGGUACAGUUUUGUUUUUUCAUUAGAAAAAUUCACUUUGCUGCCAUUAUUUAUGACUCCAUGUGCAUUGCAAAUACACAUGUUAAGGUUGAUUAUAAUCGUUUUGUUUUAACUUGCAUUGUCUUACAAUGAUUUUAUUUAUGUUAAUUCAGCCAGUAAGUAAGUGGUUAAUUUUCACGACCGUGCUAAUAAACUACGUGUUUAAUCAUUUGGAUUCCAACGCGAUUGAGCAAUUAUAACUUGGGGUUACUAAACGACGCGUAUGCUUUGAGAUUAUUGAAGCUAUUUUUGAAUUAGGUUUUAUAGUUUACGUGAAUAAUUUGAUUAUAGCUUUGGGAAUAGGAAAUCGCUUUUGUAACUUAUGAUUGAAGGUGAUCUGCAGCCUUUCCUGCUCCAAGUUUUAACGUUAUCGUUUCGUGUGUUCGUUAAGGUUUUUCCAUGUGAACUGUUUUGUUUAAUGCAAUGAAUCAAGGAGCAGAUUAGAAGUGCUUUUACAAACUACUUGUGUUCCAGAAUUUGGUAGUUAUUGUUAAUUAUCGCGAUGAGGCUUCUUAUAGAACGUAUCUGAAAUAUUUGCACUAGGUUUAUAGUUUAGUUAUGUUUCUUUUCAGUAUAAUCCAUGUUUAGCAGAAUGUUAUGUUUAAAAUUUGUAUUUUGACGAUGUAACAUAAAUAAUGAACAUCAAUAAAUAAUGAUUCUCCUGUUA